UGUAAUAAAGCGGGAAGAAAUAAAACGGCAGAACAAGCAUGGUGAGAGCCAUAUAGGUUGUUCGCUCAUUUGUCAUUCCUUUCUCUGUUAAAUACUUUCUCCUCUCUUCAACUAAUCUUCACAACAUAAUCUAAAUCCUAAACAAGAAACAAAUAAAGCUUUCAAACUUCAACCCAAAUGGCUCCAACACUCUCUACCUUACAGUUCGCAGAUCCAGCUGAAGUAACCGAGUUCGUGGUCAACAAAGGAAACGGCGUAAAGGGUUUAUCAGAAACAGGGAUCAAAGCUCUUCCCGACCAAUACAUUCAACCAUUCGAAGAGCGUCUCAUCAACAAGUUCGUCAACGAAACAGACGAGGCCAUUCCCGUCAUCGACAUGUCCUACCCCGAAGAGGACAAAGUCGCUGAAGCUGUAUGUGACGCUGCUGAGAGAUGGGGUUUCUUUCAAGUGAUCAACCAUGGAGUUCCUCUUGAAGUUCUUGACAACGUGAAGGCUGCGACUCAUAGGUUCUUUAAUCUCCCUGUUGAGGAGAAGAGUAGGUUCACAAGGGAGAACUCGUUGUCGACGAAUGUAAGGUUUGGAACGAGUUUUAGUCCUCGUGCAGAGAAAGCUCUUGAGUGGAAAGAUUAUCUCAGUCUCUUCUUUGUUUCUGAAACUGAAGCUGAACAGUACUGGCCUAAUGCUUGCAAGAACGAAGCUCUAGAGUACAUGAACAAGUCCAAGACAAUGGUGAGGAAGCUUUUAGAGUAUUUAGGGAAGAAUCUCAACGUGAAGGAGCUAGACGAGACCAAAGAAUCACUCUUCAUGGGUUCAAUUCGAAUCAACCUCAACUACUAUCCCAUCUGUCCUAGUCCCGACCUAACCGUUGGCGUUGGUCGACACUCAGAUGUCUCUUCCCUCACCAUUCUCUUACAAGACCAGAUCGGUGGCCUCCACGUGCGUUCUCUAACGUCAGGGAACUGGGUUCACGUGCCACCGGUUCCUGGAUCUUUCGUGAUCAACAUCGGAGACGCCAUGCAGAUCUUGAGCAAUGGUCGUUACAAGAGCGUGGAGCAUCGUGUCUUAGCCAACGGUAGCAACAACAGAAUCUCUGUUCCUAUCUUCGUGAAUCCAAAACCAGAGUCUGUGAUUGGUCCUCUUACUGAGGUGGUCUCAAAUGGAGAGGAACCCGUUUAUAGAGACGUUGUGUACUCUGAUUACGUCAGAUACUUUUUCAAGAAGGCGCACGACGGAAAGAAAACCAUCGAUUUCGCGAAGAUUUGAUUACAAUCAGACCUAAAAGGAGUUUCAUGACUUGUUUUGUUUCCUGUUUGUGUUUGUGUAAGCGAUGAUUAAAGAAGAAAGAACACAUGCAUAUGAUGUCUUCUUGAAACUCUGUUCAGAAUUGUGUUGUAUAACAUGUUACAUAAGCAAUAAGUAACCUUUAGAAUUAAUGGUUACAAAAACAGAUGAGAUUGACUUCAAUGUUCAGACCACAACACACGCACUGUUCAUAGACAUGUCUACGGAGGAUACAUGCCGACUCAGCAUUUCUAUAUAAUUUUUUUAAACUAUAAAUACAUUUUUAUAUAAACCAUAAUGAAAGGCCUUCGCCACCUAGUUCAAAUGGCAAAGGAAUUCCUCGUACAUGGAUGCAAAGCUUCGUAAGAUUAAUCUUUAGGUUUAGAAAACUUUUGGGAUCACAACGACUAUAAAACAACUGUGAUGAAACAAAUAUGAUCUUUAACAAUAAAAAAGUAUGAUAGGAUAUCAUGUUAGUUUCACACUAUUCGAUUAUACUAUCAUAAUCAAUUACAAAAAGUUAGAGAAAAAAAAACUUAGAAAAUUUUGAAAAUCAAUUAGAAAGAUAAACAAAACCUAAUGUGAAGACAAACCAAAUCUAACCGUCAAAAACAUGACAAGAUACCAUGUCUGAUUAGUUUCACAUCAUGCAGUUAUGCUUUCAUAAUAAAUCCUACAAAACCUUACUGAAAAACGUAAAUCAAAAGCUGUUAGAAAUAAAAAAAAUUGGAAUUCAGAGAUCAAGUAGGUAAACGAAACAUAAUGCAAAGACAAACAAACAUGAUAUCUCUAACAAUUAAAAACAUGACAAAAUACCAUGUUUGAUUAAUUUCCCGUUAUGCGAUUAUGCUUUCAAAAUCAAUCCUAAGAAAAAAAGCGAUUUAAAUCAAAAGCUUUUAAAAGAAAAAAUAUUCGAAGAUCAAUUAGAAAGGUAAACAAAUGAAACAUACUAUGAAUACAAACUAAAGAUAAUAUCUUUAACAAUUAAAAACAUAACAUGAUUCCAUGUUUAAUUAAUUUCACAUUGUGCAAUUAUGCUUUCGCAAUCAAUCACACAAGAACUUAGGUAAAAACGUUUCAAAUCAAAAGCUUUUAGAAGAAAAAAAAUAGAACAAUUCAAAGAUCGAUAAAAUAAACAUAAUGUGAAAAACAAAAUAAGCAUGAUAUCUCUAACAAUCAAAAAUUGACAGGAUAUCAUGUUCGAUCAGUUUCACAUUAUGCAAUUAUGCUUCCUUAAUAAAUCAUACAAAAACUUUUCAAAAAAAUGUAUUAAAUCAGAAGAUUUUAGAAGUAAUUGUUUUGGAAAAUCUGGAGAUCAAUUAGAAAGCAGAAUGAACAUAAUGUAAAGACAAAAUAAACAUGAUAUCUGUAACAAUAAAAAUAUGAAAUAAUAUCAUGUUCGAUUAGUUCUACAUAUGAAAUUAUGCUCCCUUAAUGAAUCAUACAAAACUUAGGAAAAUGUUUUAAAUCAAAAUAUUAUAGAAGGAAAACAAAUUUUGGAAAUCAAUUAGAAAAUAAGAUGAACAUAAUGUAAAGAUACAAAAAACAUGAUAUCUCUAAAGAUAAAAAAAUAUGAUAUCCUAUCAUAUUUGAUUAGUUUCACAUUAUUCAAUUAUAUGCUUCAUUAAUCAAUCAUACAAACACUUAGAAAAAACGUUCUAAAUCAAAACCUUUUAGAAUGAAAAAAUUGAAAAAUUUGCUGAUCAAUUAGAAAGGAAAUAAUUCUUAUGAAAUUAAGAAAAAUAUGACAUAAUAUAUUGUUCAUUAGUUUUACAUGAUGAACUUAUGCUUUCUUAAUCAAUCAUAGAAGAACUUAGGAAAAAUGUUUUAAGUAAAAAGAUUUUAGAAAGAAAAAUAAUCAUAAGUGAAGACAAAGCAAACAUGAUAUCUUUAACGAUCAAAAAUAGUACACGAUAUCAUGUUUGAGUAGUUUCACAUUAUGCAAUCAUAUUUGUUAAUAAAUCAUACAAAAACUUAGGAAAAUGUUUUAAAUUAAAACCUUUUAGAAUGAAAAUUUGGCAAUCAAUUAGAAAGCAAAAUGAAUAUAAUGUGAAUACAAAACAAACAUGAUAUCUCUAAUGAUAAAUAAAUAUGACAUGAUAUCAUGUUUGAUUAGUUUCACAUUAUGAAAUUGUGGUUCCUUAAUCAAUCAUACAAAAACUUAGGAAAAUGUUUUAAAUCAAAAGCCUUUAGAAGAAUAACAAAUUUUGGAAAAAUUCAAAGAUCGAUUAGAAAGCUAAAUGAAUAUAAUGUGAAAACAAAACAAACAUGACAUCUCUAACAAUCACAAAAAUAUGGCAAGAUACCAUGUUUGAUCAGUUUCACAUUAUACAAUUAUGCUUCCUUAAUCAAUCAUACAAAAACUUAGGAAAACGAUUUUAAAUAAAAAACCUCUUAGAAUGGAAAAAAAAUUUGGAAAAAUUGAGCGAUCAAUUAGAAAGCAGAAUGAACAUAAUGUGAAGUCAAAACAGAUAUGAUA